AUGUCAACCGAGAACUUUACAAUUACCGAGCAUGUCGUUCCUGGAUGUCACAUUCGGGAAUAUCCUGGAAGCACCGUGAAUCAGGAAGACGUGUUAGAGCUUCAUGUUAAGCAGUAUACCCCUAAGAACCAAAAAUUGCCCCUUCCCUCUGAUGCCAUUACCCUGAUUGCUGCUCAUGGAGUUGCGCUACCAAAAGAACUGUACGAGCCUCUAUGGGAUGAGUUGUUGGAGAAAGGCACCGGCUUUCGAAUCCGCAGCAUUUGGGUAGCCGACUGCGCGAGCAUGAACAUGAGCGGAGUCCGAAAUGAGGAUAAGCUUAGCAUGGACUGUUCUUGGAUGGACCACCCACGGGAUCUUUUCCUAAUGAUCAACCACUUCCGUGACCAGAUGCCUCGCCCGAUCGUAGGUCUUGGCCACAGCUUCGGAGGAAAUAUCAUCACCAAUCUGGCCUACCUCCACCCACGUCUCUUCACAACCGUCCUGUUAAUUGAUCCUGUCAUCCAACUCAACCCACCAGAAAUGGGCUUCGGCACCGAUGCCCCUGGCGUAAUCAACUAUACCCUUAGACGAGGCGACAUCUGGCCCAACCGUGAGACCGCACUGCGCGCAAACCGCGCUCUUACAAAGGGUUGGGAUCAACGCUGCAUUGACCGCAUGGCCCAAUACGGGUUCCGCGAGCUCCCAACCCGUCUUUACCCCGACGUGGAUGCUGUUAAAGCACGUUUCAACUCAACAGAAACACCCGUUACUUCGACAACAAGUAAGUAUCAAGACCUGCUUGGUCAAAUUCGGGAGAACUUUGGUGCCCGGGACCCAGUUACAGGUCGGAUUGUGAUCGAUCGCGCGACACACGCGGACUUGGAUCCGCUUGCAGCUUUUAUUCCUAUGUAUCGCCCCGAGCCACGGAGUACCUUCUUGCGAUUACCGAGUCUGCGUCCUUCUUGUGUGUGGAUCCUUGGUGGUUCAUCCUAUUUGAGGCUGGAUGAGAUCCGAGAGGGUAUCAAGGUUUGUGGGACUGGGGUUGGCGGUAGUGGAGGAUUGCCAGAGGGGAGAGUUCGGGAGGUGACGUUGGCGGGUUUGGGGCAUUUGAUGCCUUUUCAGGAGGUGGUGAAGGUGAUCGAGCCAUGCGUUGCGUGGCUUGAAGAAGAGAUGGACCGGUUUCGGAAGGCUGAGAAGCAGUGGGAGGAGGAACGUAAGGGUGUGGAUCAUUUGGAGGUGAGCGAGGCUUGGUACAAGGUUUUGAAGCCUAUUGGCGGCGGCCGGGCUAGUGAAAAGGAUCGAGGGAAGGAGAAGCUGUAA